AAAGUGCUUCCUGUGUCUAUAUAAUGCCAUGCUUUUUGUUUGUAGCAGCAAUAAAUUUUUCUAUAGACAUACUUUUAGAAUUUACUGAUUUUGUCAUGUCAUUGUUUGGAAACGAUUCAGAUGGCUUUGGCUUUACUGGAAAUGUCAAUGCUCCGACAUAUGCAGCAGCACUGGCUAUUGAAGCAGUUGCUGGUUUGGUGGCUAAUUUCACAGUCCUUGCAAUAACCCUAUAUCAGCGAAAUUCCUUUAAGCAGUCAUCGACAAUCUUUUUUACUUCUCUUUUACUGGCCAAUCUGAUAAUGGUAAUAUACAUUUUGAUAACUUCCAUUACAAUAGGCACUGAAGAAUGGAUCGUUGGAAGCACACACGAGGAAAAGACUGCAACCUGUGCAUUCUUUGCAUACAUGUCAUGGAACAGUUACAUGACUAUGUCAAUGACAAUAGCUGCUAUAUCUUUUGAUCGAUUUCUUUUUAUUGUCAAGCCUCAUCUUCACAAAUCCUUCAUGAAGCCUCAAGUAGCUCUUUUUGUUACCAUUGGGAUUUGGUUACUAUCUGGAGUCAUUAAUACUACACCAUUUUAUGGUCUUGGUGAAUAUGGCUAUGCUUCAUAUUUUGGGCUUUGUUCAUCAUUACUUGAUAGAAAAGGUUUAUGCAGAGCCAAUCUGAAAUAGCCAGAAAUAGUGUUUAUGUCUCUAAAAGGAAAAGACUCUUUGGAAUAUUUGGCACAAUGCUUUUAGCUUAUGCCAUAGCAUUGUCACCAACAUAUAUCAAUAGUAUUGUUGGAGUAUUCUAUGAUAUACCACUGGAAGUAUUUGUUAUCAGCUGUAUUGUUUAUAAUUCCAUCACAAUCAUCAACCCUAUUAUCCAGUCAUAUUUCAGACCUGAGAUUAAAAUAGUUUAUAAAACUAUUUAUACAAUAAUCAAGACAAAGAUCAGGAGGCAGUAACUGGGAUCAUUUUUGAGUGGAAUUUAUGAACAAUAGUAUAUCUAAGUACAAUUACUAAAACUUAGAACUUAUACAUAAAGACAAGCAAAAAUAC